AGAUUUAUUUUUAAGAAAACUGGAAACUAGGAUAAUGGAAAUUGAUGCAUUGUGAGCAAGUUUCUUGAAAUGAGUACAUGUUCCAGAGAAACAUUAUUACUCAUUAUGUGCCGGGUGAUCCUGAUAUUUGACUCUAAUGCUGAUCUCUGUACAUUUUUUGAGUCAUUCAGUCAUUUUUUGAGUCAACAAUAGUUUUAGUAGUGAUAAAUACUACUUCAGAAUGCUGCAAUUAGCAUUUCCCAGAUUUAUAUUCUCAAUUAAGACGAUAAGCUUAGUGGUAUUGUCCAUGCAAACAACCACGAUGGUGCUCAUGCUGCGUUAUAGCAGGACUCUCACUUCCUCUCAUGCAACCCAGUCUGAUGCUGAAGAAACGAGCAAACCAGACUCUGGUCACCACUACAUUGUGUCAACUGCCAUCUACAUUGCUGAAAUUCUCAAGCUCAUAGUCUCCCUGUUUUUGCUUCAUCUACAACAUGGUUUCAAGAGAGCAUCCACGUGUUCUGAGCUUCAUCGAGAAGUGAUGUGCAACGUCCCAGAAACUUGCAAAAUGGUCAUUCCUGCAGGCCUCUACUUGCUGCAGAAUAACCUACUCUUUGUUGCUCUCUCCAACCUUGAUGCUGCAACUUACCAGGUCACGUACCAGCUGCGCAUCCUGUGCACGGCAGGCUUCUCGUGGCUGCUGCUGGGGCGCCGCCUCUCUCUCACCCACUGGCUCGCCCUCGCCUGCCUCAUGAUCGGCGUCGCGCUCGUCCAGGUGGACGUUGGGAGCAGCGCUGUAGCCAACGUUGGGGGCUCCACUCAUUCCCAGCUAAAAAUGGGAGCAUCACAGCUUGGAAAAAUCCCGUCUGCUGCGCUUCCUCCAGCCUUGAAGGCAGAGGUUCACCCAGUUGCUGAGUCAGAUGUUCACCCAGGAUCGGAGGGCGACAUGCCAGAGCUGAAACUUCCUGAGUUGCCAGCUGCCCUUGAUGAACUGGAAAAUAAUAACCCAAAGGAGGAGGCUGCACAGGAAGACGGCCACCUGAAGUCUCUGAUGGACUCCUUGCAGCAACGUUUCGGUGGUGGCUUCAAUUCAACUAAAAGCUCUGCAUCUGAAGUGAAGUCACAAAACGAGAUCCCCAGCAGGAGCAACGUGCCUUUAGGUGGCGUGGAAGCAGGCGUUAUCCGUGCAGGGUCUGCAGCAGCUCACCUGCAGCUGCUGCACGACAAAGCGCUGCUGCAGCAGGCGUCCAGUAACCGUGAGGUGUCGUGGCUGCUGGGGCUGCUGGCGGUGCUUGUGUCGUGCAUCCUCAGCAGCUUCUCGGGGGUCUACUUCGAGCGGCUCGUGAAGCGCAGUCGACAGACGUCGCUACUCAUUAGGAACAUUCAGCUCGGAAUAUUCUCGAUUAUGUUCGGCACGCUGAGCGUGUGCAACGACCACCGCGUGUUGUGGCGGGGAGGCUUCUUCCAGGGCUACACUUGGGCCACCUGGGCCGUCAUUGCCCUGCAAGCUGGCAGCGGUCUCGUUGUGUCCGUUACUAUGAAGUAUGCGGACAACAUCUUGAAGGUGUUUGCCACGAGCGUGUCCAUCGUGCUGUCCGCCCUGUUGUCCACCUACCUCUUGGGCCACUCUGCCCCCACAAUCCCGUUCAUCGUGGGCACGGCUAUCGUGCUGGGGGCGACAUUGCUUUACGCGGUUGCCCCCACACCAGGAGCCGCUGUCUCGAAGCCAUCCGAGAAGUCCACUCAGCAAGUGUCGCCUCUUAAAGAGACGAGAUCGCCUCCUUCUUAUUUACUUGUGUCGUCUCCAAGCGAAUAUAAGAGCCUCAUUUCAAGGUCUAGGUCUACUGAACGCCUGCCUAUCGCGUCUGAAGAAGACUGGGAUAAAAUGCCUCUAAUGGCAGACCCGCGCUCCUUGUCUGUAGGCCCCGAGCGCUGCAAGACCAGGAGUUUUGCCGCAGUGUCGCUGCCGUGCUCCGCCACCUCGACCGAGGCUAAGGUAUUAUUGGCCAAGCUUUUCUAGUGCAUGUGCAGCGUGUUCCUGUCAAGCAUACCUCUGAUGUCGUGCUCCCUUGUCUAACGCUACGGUAAUGGAACUAAAGUACCGUUGUAGCAGUACCUACCACUUGGCGUUACGUCUUAGCGUCCUCCUAAUUUAUUUGAUUGUCACUUACCACUAGUUUCGGCCAGCUUUGUUGCCCCCCUCCUGCUGAUGUUUGCUUCGUAUCUGACUUUACUUUGCAGAGCUGCACGAUCUUAGCUUUUCACGUAAUUUCAGUCAAUGAGAUGUAAUUAUCCCAACUUCCCAAGCUGAUCUGAAGAUCUUGACCCUCACUGCAUUACCAACGGAGCAUGACGGCUGUAUGACUGCGUUUUUAUCAUUAUUCCCCGUUAUUGUUGUUAUCUUUUAACUGCAGCUUCCAUGUUUUCUUACUUAACACGGCUGUUGUAUUGUCGUCUCUGCUUAGCCUCAUAACUUGCAUGCAUUUGCUUAUUUGCCUAUUAAGAAGAGCAGACUCUAAAAUUUCCGUUUAUUAGGGGGCGUUUAUUAAAUCACUGUUGUGUCUUCAAUGAGCCUCGCCAAAGAUGAACGUUUCACUCUCAAGAUGUAACUGUACAUUCAUAUCUUUCGAAUUUCGUGUACAUAGAAGUUAGUGAUUGUCUAAUCAAAUUCAUCUAUCCAAAAUAUCUCGCUAAUUGAAUAAAAGAAAUGACCAUUUUAUCUUUGUGCACAAAACGAUACUUUCUCAAUGUCAACAAAUGUUCAUCAAGAAUGAACGAAUAAAUCCGUUGACAUAUAUACUCGUAGAACUUUUUCAUUCUGCAACGAAGUGAUUUUACUCUUAAUGUUCCUAAAUUUUUUAUUAGUAAGCGCCCAUUUCAUUUUUAACGCAUAAUGCACGACAUUUUUUUGGCCGUGUUUCAUUUUGUAUAAAUUAACGAUUUUUUCCAAUCCGUACUUCUAUUUCGACUGUGUGCUAACGGUAGGGGAAAUUGAAGCUUUGUCUUCUCGGGAAUUUUUUUCGACUUGAAAACAAUAUUUUUUAUUCGUUUUAAGCCCGUUCGUCAAAAAUUUGAUGAGCGAACCUCUUUUUCAUUUUUUGGAAAGAUGCCAGUCGAAGAAACCUGUUCAAAAAGGAAUGUAUGUACAUGUCGUAUUCUGUAUAAAAUGCUGGUGAAAAAUGAAUGCAGUGUUUAUGAAUGGCCACUAUUGAUUCCUGAAAGCUCCAAAGUAUUUUUAUUUACUGAAACUGGAGUGUUGAUGAUCCUGUAUAAUUGUAAGGGAAUAAACUGACUUUUAUAAAUGUUCGUCAACGUUGAUGACACUUGAUGUAUAAUUGAAAGAAAAUACACUGCGUUCUGUAAACGUUUGUCAACGUUGAUGAUACGUGUUAUAUAAUUGAAGAAAAAUACACUGUGUUCUAUGAACGUUUGACAACGUUGUUCAUAUGUGCUGUAUAAUUGAAAGAAAAUACGCUGCGUUCUAUGAACGUUUGACAACGUUGAUGAUACGUGCUGGAUAAUUGAAUGAAAAUGCAUUCUGUUCUUGAACGUUAGUCAACGUUGACGAUACGUGCUAUUUAAUUGUAGAAAAAUACACUGCGUUCUAUGAACGUGUGUCAAAGCACCCAAAACAUUGGUUUCCUCUGAUUCCCGCUCAGCCAUCGCCCUGCUCACUUCCACCAAUCCCUGCACAUCUGUGCGCGGUUCAGCUUUUGUGUCGUCAUCUCUUGUAAUUUUCAUGUUUAAUUUACGAAUUUGUUGAGUUAGUUUGACUUGAAACUCACUCUCAUUUUUUACAUUCUCAACUUAGUUCGUAAAUAAUUGAAGUAUACUAUGGUGCUACUUAUCUAUUUGAUGUCAGUUAUUAGUUUGCAGUUACCUUAUGUUUCGUCUUUUGUAGAUCAAGCGUCAUUUUAUUUGUGUACUGAAUUAAACUGAUGUGCUUUAACUUGGUAAGAACUUAGACUUGAUUAUCUUGGCUUUAGUAAAUGUGCUAUAUUUAUUUAUUAUUCACUAUCAUACAGCCGAGGCAUUCUCCAAGCUUUGUUUGGUCCAAGAUCGUCUCUCUUCCUCCUUAUGUUUAUGUUUAAAUGUUUGCAGCUACCAAUUGGAGCCACUUAGACCUGUGUUAUUCAUGGCUAUAUUUAUAUUAAUACGUCUUAUGUCCCGAGUUUGGCUCGCAUGUACCCAGCUACUUGCUCCUCUCCCUCGUGCGCACGGCUUCUGCCCCCACGCCUGCCCUGGCUUCUCUUCUUCCUCAGCUGUCCAGUGUUGCUUUUAUUAGUUCGUUAUCAGGCGCCUUCUCUUAUUGCUUUGUUUUACAUCCCAAGUAAUCAACGCAAACAAAUUUAUGUUGCUGAUAAGUUAAAUAGCGUCAAAACUGCUCAAGAGUUUAGUGUGAUGUUUGAUCAGUUAUUUUCAGUCAUGCAGCAAAGCCGGUUUUUAUACUCCGGAAUGAACGCAUAUGCUAACUUCAAUUCUCUUCAAGAAUCUAGUGCGCUUUAAGCAAAUAUUCUACUUUACAAUUAUAAUAUUUAUUAUUUAUGAAUUAGCAUGACACGAACAAUCCUCCUCAGCUUCUGAUUUUUUUUUCAGCGACUAAGACAUUGGUUUAUAGUAAAGUCGUGCAAAUUGUCUAAAAUCAGUCUAAUUGUUCGAGAAGUUUGAUGUUAAAUCAUAUCUUGUGUCACUGGAAUGCAAGAAAUAUUCGAUCUCAAUGCCUGUCCUGUCUUUCUAUGUAUGUCUUCCAUUGAAUAGGAGUCCUAUCUCUAAUCUGUUGUAUCUUUAAUACUUUUCUUCCUUCUGUCUCUAAAUUUUUAUCCUUUCUUCCCCGUGUGAUGAAUUACGCUACUGUGAUUAUAAUAAUCAAUUAUCGCUCGAUAUCAUUGAAAUACCUACAAAGAAUUAUAUACAAAAAACAUAUAGAUAUAUAUAUACAAGAAACACAUCCAUCAAUAUAAUAAAAACUUUUCGUCACGAUUGUGAUGAUUAGUGUCGUUGAACAAGCCUACGUCUGAUUCUCUGCUGCUCUCUUUGCAGGUCCAAGCAAAGGAAAUGUGAUAGUCAACAAACUUUUAUUUUGUUUAGUACGGCAGUCUUUACCUGGUGAUUUUGUUCUUUAUUGACUUAUAGUUUUACUCGAUUUGUUAUAUCGACGUUAUAUUGUUUUUAAUUUUUGCUGUGAAGCUACUCGAGUUCAAUGUUUUAUCAAGUAAGAUUCCUCUGUCGAACCUCAUAGUUAUCAUAGCGUUGAUACUAGCGACACCCAACACAAUUGAUUGAUCAAUAUAUAAUAAGAAUUUUCUAGUGACGAUAGAUUUAAUUGAGAAGCUUCGUUCAAUCUUUCACAAUCUCUGUCAUGCCUUACCGCUUGAAUAAUGUGACGUCACCAAUCACCUUUAGGUCAUCCAUCAAACUAAAGCAUCAUUUCAUUAAUUUCACUGAUACCUUUAAAGUGAAUUGUAAUUGCAUUGAUAUUGUACGGAAAACUAGCACUACAAUCAUUUCACUAAUAUUUUUAAAACUAAAAUUAUUUUCUAUAAAAGCAGUCAAUUCGCAUUCAGAAACAGAAAGUAUCGAGGCCAAUUCCCGUGUCAUGUAGAGGCUUUCCUGCGCUCUUAUUUUUAUUGAAGUCCGAAUACUCGAAGUGUUCGAGACCUCGCGAUGCCUUUACUUGUCGCCGCGUGUUGUACGCUUCAUAUCUGCACUCGUGAUCAUAACUGUCUCGUGUCGCGCCUUCCUCUAGUGUGCCAUGUACGAGGCAUUAAUUACAUUAUUACCCUUACUUACUACGGCACCUUACGCUUAUAAAUAAGAUUUCCUGAUAGUUUGUAGCUCCUAACAAUAAACAUUUUCCUCUAUUCAACUAAAUCUUCGUCCCUGAAGUAACAAUGAGUACGAAUUGUUCUUCCUGAACACAUUUUAGGGUUUAACAUGAUCCUCGUCGCCGAGGUGAAUCAAAUUUGUAGUUUUAGUAGCAAAUUUUCAUGCGAGUUAAGUGCAGUAGCACAUGCUCUGUUGUUGCUGAUUUCAGUGCUGUAAUAUUCUUCACCAAAUGAAGUCAGAACUGUUUUAACUUAUUUUAGUAUCCCUGUAUGAAUAUUUAAAGGUACACCAUUCAUUACAUAAUGCUUCGAUGUGACCAUUCUGAGAGCAAGAUAUCUAAUGCUGGUGCUGUCUAGACCAGUGAAUUCAAGAUUCGUUUAAUUGGUUAAUUGUUGUGUUUAUUCUAGUCAUUAUUAUCAAAUCUCGAUAGGAUGUCAGUAGUUUAAACGGCUUGUAUCAGGCAGCGCUUCUUCUGCUGGAGAUAUAAUCUCAUUUUCCUGUUAGUGAGGGGAAGGUGUUGAGCGUUUUUCAUGUUACCAUAACUCACGAAUUUCCAAGUUAGUAAACCUGCCCGUUACUUGUACCAAGUUCGUAUCACUGGUACACAUCGUGAGCUUUAUCUUCACGUACUUUUAGUCGAGCUAUGCUUGCCAACGUGAAUGCAGUUCAAUAUUCGAAUUAAGAUGCGAGUGAUGCUCACAAGUCUAUUUAUUUGUGGCCUAUCUACAAUAAAUUACAUGUCUUUCA